GCCCCGCCCCGUCAUUGUCCCCCUAGCUCUCCUUUUUCUCUUUCCUCUUAAAAGCUCUGAGAGCCACUCCUUUCUCCUCGUGCGCGUCUGUCCACGCAAGGUGGGGCAGACGAGCAGGAUGGAGGGCUGCAUGGGGGAGGAAUCUUUUCAGAUGUGGGAGCUCAAUCGACGCCUGGAGGCCUACCUGGCCCGGGUCAAAGCGCUAGAGGAGCAGAAUGAGCUGCUCAGCGCAGAGCUCGGAGGUCUCCGGGCACAGUCCGGGGAUGCCUCCUGGAGGGCCCGUGCUGACGACGAGCUGGCAGCUCUGCGGGCCCUCGUCGACCAGCGCUGGCGGGAGAAGCACGCGGCCGAGGUGGAACGUGAUAACCUGGCUGAAGAGCUGGAGGGCGUGGCAGGACGAUGCCAGCAGCUGCGGCUGGCCCGGGAACGAACCGCCGAGGAGGCAGCCCGCAGCCGGCGCGCGGUGGAGACCGAGAAAUGCGCCCAGGGCUGGCUGAGCACACAGGCGGCGGAGCUGGAGCGCGAGUUGGAGGCUCUGCGCGUGGCGCACGAGGAGGAGCUCGCCAGCCUGAACGCACAAGCUGCUUGUGCCCCGCGCUGCCCCGCGCCGCCCCGUGGGCUCCCCGCGCCUGCCCCCGAGGUGGAGGAGCUGGCCAGGCGGCUGGGUGAGGCGUGGCGCGGGGCAGUGCGCGGCUACCAAGAGCGCGUGGCGCACAUGGAGACUUCGCUGGGCCAGGCCCGCGAGCGGUUGGGCCGAGCCGUGCAGGGCGCCCGGGAGGGUCGCCUGGAGCUGCAGCAGCUCCAGGCAGAGCGCAGCGGCCUCCAGGAGCGCAGGGCGGCAUUGGAACAGAGAUUGGAGGGCCGCUGGCAGGAGCGGCUGCGGGCAACUGAAAAGUUCCAGUUAGCGGUGGAGGCCCUGGAGCAGGAGAAGCAGGGUCUACAGAGCCAGAUUGCCCAGGUCUUGGAAGGUCGGCAGCAACUGGCACACCUCAAGAUGUCCCUCAGCCUGGAGGUGGCUACGUACAGGACCCUGCUGGAGGCUGAGAACUCCCGGCUGCAGACACCUAGCGGCAAUUCCAAGGCUUCCCUUGGCUUCCAGGACUCCAAGCUGGAGCUGCAUUUUCCUGGGACCCCAGAGAUUCGGCGUCUGCCUGUCCUCAGCCCAACUCCCCUCCCUUCACCCCUACCAAAUACCCUUGAGACACCUGUGCCAGCCUUUUUGAAGAGCCAGGAAUUCCUCCAAGCCCGUACCCCUGCCUUAGCCAGCACCCCGAUCCCACCCACACCUCAGACUCCCUGUCUUGCUAUGAAUGCAGAGGUCAGAGCCCAGGAAGCCCCUCUCCCUCUGCUCCAGUCACAGGGUGAGAGGCAACAGGCUCCAGAGCCCCUGGGGACUGAAGCUAAGGCAGGCAUCCCUGACAGCAUCAUCCCAGGACCAGAGGAACCUGGGGGCAAGCAGCCAGGGGCCAGUGCAGGCCAGUCCCCUGAGGACCAGGUCUCUUCAGUCCCACUCCUCAGCCCUGACCACCCCAGUUUAGAGGCUAAAGAUGAAGAACCCAGUACAUCUAGAGUGUCUAGCAUAUUCCAGGAGAAAGAAGGGCAAAUAUGGGGGCUAGUAGAGAAAGAAGCAACCAUAGAGGUCAAAGUGGCAAGCAGCUUACAGAAGGAAACUUGGCAAGAAGAAGGGGAUCUGCAUGUGAAGGAAAUCCAGGACUCCCAGGGUCCUUUAGAAAAAGAAACCCUGAAGAGUCUGGGGGAGGAGAUUCAGGAGCCAUUGAUGUCUCUGGAAAAUCAGAGCCAUGAGACACUAGAGAAGGAGAAUCACGAAUCUCUGAGGUCUUUAGAAGAAGAGAACUUAGAAAUACUAAAAAGUCCAGAAAAAGAAAAUCAUGAGUUAUUAAGGUCUUUAGAAGAAAGGGAAGUGGAGGCAGAGAGAACUCUAGAAAAGGAGCCCCCUGAAGUACCUAAGCCUAUAGGAAAUGAGGACCCACAGACAUUGCAAUUCUUAGCAAAGGAGAACCAAGAAUCUCUGAGGUCUUCAGAAGAAGAAACACUAAAAAGUCUAGAAGAAGAAAAUCAAGAGUUAUUAUGGUCUUUAGAAGAAAAGGAUGUGGAGGCAGAGAAACCUCUAGAAAAGGAGGCUUCUGAACUACCUAAGCCUGUAGAAAAUGAGGACCCACAAAUAUUGAGAUCCUUAGAAAAGGAGAACCAAGAACUAAUGAUGUCUCCUGAAGGUAAUCUAGAGACAGUUUUACUUCUAGGAAAGGAAAAUCAAGAAUUAGUAAAGUCUCUAGAAGAAGAGAACUUAGAGUCAUUGAGAGCUCUUGAGAAGAAGAGCCAACAGCCACUGAGAUUUCAAGAAGCAGAGGACCUGGAGAUGUGGAGAACUCUAGCAAAAGAUAAUCAGGAGUCCCUGACAUCUCUUAAAGAUGAGAACCAGGAGAUUCUUAGACCUCUAGAGAAAGAGAACCAGGAGCCACUGAAGUCACUAGAAGAAGAGGACCAGAAGAUUGUGAAACCUCUAGCAAAAGAUAAUCAGGAGUCCCUGACAUCUCUUAAAGAUGAGAACCAGGAGAUUCUUAGACCUCUAGAGAAAGAGAACCAGGAGCCACUGAAGUUGCUAGAGGAAGAGGACCAGAAGAUUGUGAAACCUCUAGAAAAAGAGAAUCAAGAGCCACUGAAGUUGCUAGAAGAAGAGGACCAGAGGAUUACGAGACCUGUAGAAAAUCAAGAGCCACUGAGGUCUCUAGAAGAGGAAGGCCAGAGGAUUGUGAGCCCUCUAGAAAAAGAGACUCAAGAACCACUGAGGUCUCUAGAAGAGGACCAGAGGAUUGCAAACACUGUAGAAACAGAGAACCAGGAGCCACUGAGGUCUCUAGAGGAAGAUCAACAGAUAUUUAGCUCUCUUGAACAAGAGACUCAACACCCACUGAGGGCUCUAGGAGAAGACCAGAUGACAUUGAGACCACUAGAGAACACAAAUUCAGAGCCACUGACGUAUCUUGGAAAGGACCAGGAGACAGUUGAAUCUCUUGAAAAAGAGAAUCAAGAAUUAUUCAAGUCACUGAAAGAAGAGAGUGUAGAGUCCGUGAGAUCUUUAGAAACUGAGAACCUAAAAUCACUAAAGACUGCAGAAGAAGAGAAUCUGGAAACACUGAAACCUCUAGAAGGUCAAGAGCCACUGUGGUCUCUAGAAGAAAUGAAUAGAGAGACAAUGAAACCUCUAGAAAAGGAAAUUAAAGAAACCCUCAGGUCUGGGGAUGAGAACCAAGAGACACUGAGUCCUCUAGAAAAGGACAAUCAAGAACCACUGAGCUCUCUGGAUGAGUGGAACCUAGAGACUUUGAGAUCUCCAGUAGGGGCAGAAAAGGAAAAUCAAAGGGAUGUGGAAGAGGAAGAGAGCCUAGAGAAGGGAGAGAAUCAAGAGAUACUGAGUCCUCCAGAAAAGGACAAUCAAGAACCACUGAGCUCUCUGGGUGAGUGGAACCUAGAGACUUUGAGAUCUUCAGUAGGGGCAGAGAAGGAAAAUCAAAGGGAUCUGGAAGAGGAAGAGAUCCUAGAGAAGGGAGAGAACCAAGAGUCGCUGAGGUCUCUGGAAGAAGAGGGAGAAGAGCAGCCUCAGUCUGUAAAUCAGCCCAGGUGGGAGGAUAUGGAGGUGAAGGAUCAAGACCUGGGUCAGGAACUCCCCACUGGGAGGGAUGGAAUGGAAAAUGAGGAUGAGUCAAAGCUGGACCUGAGGAAGCAGGAUGGGAAGGAAAAGGCUGCAGAACAAGGAGAGCUACAGCUGAAUUCCAUGGGUGAGAGCUGGGACCCAGGGAACCCUGAGUCCAAAGAGUGGAGGGUCCCAGUAGUGGGAGCCAGUGGGAAGGAGAGCACUGAGGGCCUCCAGGAUAGGGAAAGGCAACCAGAGCAGGUGGAGGCCCCAGACUUCCCAGCUUCCCAGGGAGAGCCAGAGGUGAUAGAGCCCCUGUUGAAAGAUGAGGAUGCAGUCCCUGGGGGUGACCAUGACUCCCUAGAGAUGACCUUGGGGUCAGAGACAGACAGGAGCAAGUCUGCUGUAGGAGCUGAGGUGGAACUGAAGCAGGAAGUUACCGAGGUAGGGCUGGAGGACCCAGGGCACCCAGCUAGAGAAAAAGUGGUGCAACCAUUUAUGGGGGAGGAAAGUUUGGAGGCAAAGAGAGCUCAGGGUUUGGAAGGGCCUGGCAAGAGCUUAGAGGAGGCAGAUGCUUCAGAGGUCAUGUUCCCUGGACCGCCUAAGGUGAGCAGAGACCCCGUGGAGCCUCCCAGGGACUGGAAGAAGCCAGAGCCAACAGUCCCCUGGGGAGCGGAGGUGUUCUCUGCUGAGACCCCAGGCCAUGAUGGAAGUGAUGUCCCUCAGGCCAGUCCCUCAGGGCAAGAGGAAGAUGAGGGUGCACAACCGGUGCUUGCACCCCAUGUGCCAGGCCAGGAGCCCUGGCCGCCCAGUCCAAUCCUGGAAGAUGUCCCUGGGCCUCAGCUCCAGGUUGAGGGGAACCAAGAGCCUAGCUGGGGCCCAGAAGUCAUGGCUGAAGUACUGGGAAAUGGGGAGGGUGAGCAGGAGGAGUUUGGUCCUGGGGAAAUCCCUGAGAGUCUUCAAGAGGAGGGGGAGGAGAGCAGAGAAGAGAGUGAGGCUGAUGAGCUAGGGGAAACCCUUCCGGAUUCCACUCCCCUGGGCCUCUACCUCAGGUCCCCUGCCUCCCCAAGGUUGGACCUGGCUGGGGAGCAGAGGCCCUCCCCUCAAGGGGAAGCUGGGAUGGAAGACUGGGACCCUGCUGUUUUGACCUCCAAGGGCUUGGGGGCCCCACCCUCAGAAGAUGAGGAGGAUGGGGAGGAGGAGCAGGGCCCUGACUCUGACCUGUCAGAGGAUUUUGAAGACCUGGGGACAGAGGCUUCUCUUCUUCCAGGGGUUUCCAGGGAGGUGGCAGAACCUCUGGGUCAAGUGCCCCAGCUGCUGGAGCCAACAGGCUGGGAUCGGGAUGGGGAAUCCGAUGGGUUUGCUGAUGAGGAAGAAAGUGGGGAGGAAGAGGAAAGGGAGCCAGGGGUUCAGCAGUGGGAGUCAGGAUCCUCUGUUGGCAGCCUCCAGACCCUGAGUAGUUCUCAAAGAGGGGAUCUCCUGGAGCCUGGGGCCGUGGGUGUCAAUGUCCCCUGGGAUGAUGGCUUGAGGGGCACCAUGGCUGAUGCCCCUGUGACUGCCCUGGAUACUGAGUCCCAGGAUAGUGCAGAACCUUCUGGCUCAGAGGAGGAAUCUGACUCUGUUCCCUUGGAGAAGGAGGACCAAAUCCCUGGCUCUUUGGAGACCCUUAGAGGGGUGGAGGACAUGGGCCCAGGGGCAGAGGACAUCUUCAGUAUCAAUGGUCAGGCUCCCAACUUGGAGGAGUCAGAGCACAUGAGUGGGAGGGUGGUAAAUGGACUGGAACAGUCCAAGGAAGUGGGGAAUGGGACACAGGCGGCCCUUGAUGGAAACCAAGGGCUCCCCUUACAGGAAGAGGAGGGUGGUGCCCGAAAGACCCCUUGGGCAGGGGCUCCUGUACACCUGGGCCCAGGUCGAUUCCUGAAGUUCACUCCAAGGGAAACAGACGGAGAUUCUUUGUCCUCGGGGGAAGACUAAAGAAAGCUCCUCUGUACUGAGGACUUGGUGGGAGGAUUUCCCCAAGCCCUUCCCUGCUCAGGUUCAGCAUCCUUAAUUUAUGAUCUCUUUACCUGUGAUUUCUGUCCAAGAAAGAGGCCUGGCUGGCUGAGCUGAAACAGGAUGUGACAAAGGAUCCUGUCCCAAGAUUGGAGGUUCAGACCCUGUCAGACCUUGCACCAUCCCAAAGGCUUAAGUCAGCUGGACCCCUGUAGUACUAGGCCCCAUUUCUUCUGCAUCUCACCAGUGGGAAAAGAUCAGGCUUUGUGCUUUCUCUGAAGGGUAGGGCUGCAGUUAUCUAUGUGCCUGGGCUCCCCAGCCCAGCCCCUGCUCUGCAGUAGUACCACCCCUAUGGGAGGUGUGGCCUGUGGCUAAUAGAGGAGAGGGGUGCACCUGUGAUCUGACCUUUUCAUCCCCACACUGCUUGAAUAAAGUCAUGCCUGCACCUACAAAGUCUUGAUUCU